GAAAAGUUUCUUCCACCUUUCUCUCUUGUACCCCCAAAGAUCUGGGCCUGGGCACAAAAUCUUCUCUCUCGAAGGAAGAAAAAGAGAAACGACGAGCUUCGGAGUCUGGGAAUCUAAUUUAUCUACCAGAUUUGUUCUGUUGUCGAUAACUGUGUUUGUGCUGAAGGGAUUUGGUAAGAAAACGAUUCAAUGGAGUGUGUAGUUCAAGGAAUCAUUGAGACACAGCAUGUUGAAGCGCUUGAGAUCCUUCUUCAAGGUCUUUGUGGUGUUCCACGCGAACGCUUGAGAGUUCAUGAGCUCUGCUUGAAAAGCGGCCCAAAUCUUGGAGUUGUAUCCUCAGAAGUUAGGCUUUUAUGUGAUCUUGAUCAACCAGAGCCCACAUGGAGUGUUAAACAUGUUGGAGGUGCGAUGAGAGGUGCAGGAGCUGAUCAAAUCUCUGUUAUGGUAAGAACCAUGAUUGAGAGCAAAGUGAGCAAGAACGCUCUGCGUAUGUUCUACGCGCUCGGUUACAAACUCGACCACGAGCUCCUCAAAGUCGGAUUCUCAUUUCAUUUCCAACGGACCGCGCACAUGAGUGUCUCCGUGUCUUCAGUCAACAAGAUGCCCAAGAUUCAUGCCAUAGACGAGGCUGUUCCUGUAACACCCGGGAUGCAGAUUGUGGAUGUAACGGCUCCAGCAACACCUGAGAACUACAGCGAAGUAGCAGCUGCGGUUUCAUCUUUCUGUGAAUUUCUCGCCCCGCUUGUUCACUUGUCGAAACCGUUUAUCUCCACUGGAGUUGUGCCAACCGCUGCUGCGGCUGCUGCAUCUCUUAUGUCGGACGGAGGAGGUACUGCAACAUUGUAACAAGUUGAAACUUUAAAGACACAUGUUCUUCUUUGUGUUCUCUCAUGUUACUACAUCACAUGGCUGUGAAAAACUUGUGAUUUAUUAGAGUUGAAUGCUUAAUGCCAUCAGUUAGAGAUCUCUUCACAUCUUGAAUAAGAUUUGUUUGUCUUCUCUCAUCAACCUUUUCGUAAAUAGUAAAUUGAAAGAUUUAGAACCUUUUGA